CCCACGUUUUGGACCUGAUGCCCAGCCACCCCAGAAUGGAACGAAAGUGGAUUUUGUAGUUUUUAGUAGUAUAAAAGCGGCAAGUUAGUACAAAUCAGCAUCCAGUUCAUUGUCUGGGAUCGAUGCGAACAAUUAUAAGUGGGAUCGCAAUGAAGUUAUUUAUCUGCCUGUCAGCGCUUUUGUUGGUUUCAGCGAAAGCUGAAUCAGAUCAAAAGAAAUCUGAUGCCAAUGCAGUGCCAUUGGAGAAGAAGUUAGACAAACGUGGUUUGUUGAAUCUGGGCUACGGGUACGGAAUCAACGGUCUGGAUGUGGGAUACAUCGGUGGUCAUGGACAUUUGGGAGGAGCAUACCAUGCGGCUCCUGUUCAUGGAUACGGUCACGGACACGGUUUCCUGCUGGGAGGACAUACCGAUGUGACCAAAACCGUUACCCUGCUUAAGGGAGUUCCAGUGCCAUAUACCGUAGAAAAGCAUGUGCCUUACACUGUGGAGAAACACGUCCCAUACCCAGUGAAGGUACCAAUCCCACAGCCAUACGAAGUUGUGAAGCACGUCCCAGUGCACUACAAGGAAUACGUUAAGGUCCCAGUCCACGUCCCUGCUCCGUACCCAGUCGAGAAGAAGGUUCCGUACCCAGUGCACGUUCCAGUCGAUCGUCCAUACCCCGUCAAGGUUCUGGUACCUCAACCGUACACCGUCGAGAAGCACGUCCCCGUCCCGGUUAAGGUUCCAGUUCCACAGCCCUACGAAGUUACCAAGCACGUCCCAGUGCCCGUGAAGGUUGAAGUACCAGUGCCAGUGCCGUACACCGUCGAGAAGAAGGUCCCAGUUGAAGUUAAGGUUCCGGUUGACCGUCCCUAUCCAGUUCAUGUCCCUGCCCCAUAUCCAGUCCCGGUAGAGAAGCCCGUUCCAUACACCGUGGAAAAACCAGUCCCAGUCCCAGUGCAGGUCCCAGUUGACCGUCCCUACCCAGUCCCGGUUGAAAAACCCGUCCCAUACCCAGUGAAGGUCCCGGUUCCGCAGCCCUACUACGUCGAGAAGCAUGUCCCCUACACCGUCGAGAAGCCAGUGCCAGUCCCAGUCAAGGUGCCCUUCGAUCGCCCCUACCCAGUCCACGUCGAGAAGCACAUCCCGGUCGAGAAGCCCGUCCCAGUUCCGGUGAAGGUCCCGGUGGCCAUCCCGUAUCACCACCACGAACCAAUCCACCAUCAUCACCAAGAGCCCCUGCAGCACCACUACGACACCAGCUACACGAGCUUCAGCGGCUACGGACACGACUACAGCUACCACCACUAAGUACCUUCUAGAUAUUGAUACCUAAAUUACACUAAAAAAAACACCGGGGACGGAAACCCACUGCCAGUUAUCCACCGUCCACCGUAUUCGUCCAUAAUCACCAUCGUCCACCAAUCAGGGUGAGACGGAGCAAGAUUAGCACUCUCCACACAACCACACCGCAAAAAAAAACUAUGUCACCACUAAUUCGUUAUUAUUAUUGUAACUCCUCUGUUUCACAACUCAAAUCUUCUUCAGUUCUUUUGUUUUACUCUGAAUAGCUGACGACCUGAAACGCGCGCGCCAUCGAUAGCCGCACGCAAGGUCGUUCUCUUUUUGUUAAGCGAUCGAUUAUCGAUUCCCGGGCUCGCCCUCUUCGUCCAACACAAAAGCCCGUUCAAGGCCGGGGCAUAAAACUCCGAGGACGGGCGCGCAAAAAAUAUUGAAACCAAAAAGUACGACUCUCGUACGGCAUGCAAAAAAAAAACAAAAAUGAGACAAAGCAGAAAUCCGUGAUUACGAAACCGAAAGUUACCCUCCCGACCAAUCAUCGUCCUUGUCGCCGUCGUCGUGGUCAUCGUGACGUGAUAAUACCGUCGACGGCACCGCUAUUCGGCGAUACACAUUUUGAUCGAUUCCUCUUUGGGAAUCAGCUUCGUUUUCUCGGAAUCAAAAAUCAAAAUGUCAACAACCAGUGACAACGUUCUUUUUUCGCCUAAGUUAUUUUUAGCGUGUACAACUUACUGAAAUGUGAUUAUAUUUUUUUAAUAAAUCAAAGUUUGUUGAAAGAAAGAACUGUGCAGAGGCAAUGAUCGAUGUGAAGAAGCGAAACUACGUAAGAAGCGCUGCUUGUGUUUAUCAUAAUUGUGUAUUUUUUAUGUAAAUAUAAGUGAAAACGAAAAAUAAAGAAAAAUUGUAAGUUUUAUAAA